AACAAAAGGAUAUGAUCGCGAAGCCUAUGAGUAUGAGCUUGAGAUUGGGCAGAGAUCGAAUCCUGCCUCGACGAAGACGGAGGCAAAUCGAGUGAAGCGUGAUGAACGGAAGGAUAGGCAUUUCGUUAAGUAGGGGGGAUUGACGCAUGAUAUCAUUCGGGAAGCGUCUGAGACCAAAAAAAUUCCGGAAGUCGAGGGAGGAAGUUGUGAGGAUGGCGACGAGGUUCUGUGUUGUAGAUUCGGAGACCAGGCAAGCUCUCCUCUGCCGGUUUUCAAGGGAUAGAUUCGUCAGUAUUCCGAGUCCCGCCGAGAAAGAUCUCUUGAAUGAGUUAGUAUACCCCACUUUGGAAGUCAAUAUCACUCUUCCUCAAUUUUGGCCAAGCACUUGGGAGGAAACGUUCCGGCCUGCUCAGGAUGAGUACUGGUGUGGUAACUUUUUCUAUGGUUCUCUUGCUGGAUCUAGAAGUCUUAACUCGCCAUCUAUCAGUGAUCGAGGAGCCGGUACUGCACCCCACCACCGUCACUGGAGGAGUGCUCGAGACUUGGGGAGGGAAAUAUCUCGCCUUGGUUGAUGGACCAAAGAAUGCGAGGUUUUGAGGAUCUGCAUUCCAAGUCAUGACAAGGGAACAUGAGGAUGAACCGAGAGCAUAUGCGGCGGACGCGU